AUGGCUAAUCCUCGAAUCGAGCACUAUACAACAGACGUCCACGCCCACUGGGAAGGCAAUCAUGCGCAAGACUGGGCCGAGGUCGAUCUGCGUGGAUACGAGACCGCCACGGACAAGAUGUUCCGGGAGUUGUGUGAGAAUCCCGACGCCGCUCGUGUCGAAGUUGGCCGUAGAUCGAAACUGAUUAACAAUCACGGCCAUAACUAUCAGUUCAACGGGAAGUUCACCAGUAAUCAGAUUCAGCCAGAGCACAGUCAUCAUGAAUAUAACCAUUUUGGGAAAUUGAUGAAGUGGGAGGGGGAUCGUUGGUAUAAAUAUGACUUUGAAGUGGAAGUGACUGACCAUUAA